CUCAAGAGUGGAAUUGUUGCAGGGAUUACAUCAUUCGAUAUAAUGCUAAAGGUGGUCUCCAGCUGUUUGAUAAAAAGCAAGACAUUUCCUGAGGCACCAGGAUUGUUUCGCUCCUUUUCUGUGUCAAAAUGUUUAUCAGCGAAAGUAGCCCCGAAGCCACAAGGUGGAAAGAAAAAGGCUAAGCAGGGAUUCAAGCCUAAGGGUGAACAGAAAGCGGGAAAAGCUAAGAAAUCUGGAAUGACACAUUUGAAAUUCGGUGAUGCAGUUAGGGCUUUGAAGUUUGAAAAACUUGCAAAAAAUGUGGACGAUCUUGAAUUAAAAAGUCUCACCCAUGAACAGUUGCAAUCUUCCAAUGAAGCCAUUGUGAAGUUUGAGACCUCUGUGGAAAAGAACUUGCUGACACUAGGAUCCUUCAAAAAGUAUCAGCAUUAUGAACUAUUUUCGAGACCAGUCUCAAUGGUAACAGAAAACACGUUACAAGUUGAUGAAAUGCUAAUCUCAAAAUUGCAUUCGCCCUCAAGUGCCAAUAGAUUAUGCUUACUUGGGGAAAAAGGCUCCGGAAAGUCAACGCUUAUGUCCCAGGUGAAGGCUCUAGCAUAUUCGAAGUAUAACGGUGAUGUUGUGCUUUUACACUUGGAUUAUCCAGAGAGGAUUGUUGAAGGCUCAAGUGACUAUGUUUAUAAUAGAAAGAUUGAAAAAUAUCAACAGCCAAUGUUCACAAAAAGGUGGAUCAUGAAAAUACGUUCUGCAAAUGAAAAUGUGUUAAAGAAGAUGCCUCUUACAAGAGAUAUAUCUGUGGUUUCCAAAAAAAAGACAUACGAUUUGAAGAAAGGCGAAAAUAAUUUAUACGACUAUUUAUUGUUAAAUCAUGAUUUCGGUAAAGUUGGAGCUAAUAAUGCUUUCGGCUUUUUCAUUGAAGAAUUGAAGUAUCACUCUAAAAGUAUACCUGUUUUAGUAUCAGUUGAUAAUUUUAAUGCUUUAACAAGCAAAACGGAUACAAAGUAUCGUCAUCCAAAUUUUGAGCCUAUACACUUUACAGAUUUUGAGAUGGGAGAUUUUUUCAUGCGUGUUGCUGCU